AUGACUAGCCCGCAGUCCGCCGGCAAAGGCUCCGCUCACGCCGACGUGGGAGGUGCACAGCCUCCCGGAUCCCCGCCUGCCGGGGGCGCCGUCGCACAGGAGCAUUUCGGCUCACCUACCUCGACCACGUCGUCGGCCGCAUCUCGCCGAUCAGAUGGCUCCACGAAAGCAUCUACUACUUCAUCGACAGGUUCACUGAAGGGGUGGCCCACAGAAUCACCGAUCCCGUCGCCGUCGUCGUCCCCACCGAAACCUCUGGCUUACUCAUUUGCCGCACGACGGCCUUGGGUUUUACGCACCUGGAUGUUCCCUUCUAGCUCGGAGGACAACACUGGUUUCCGCGGCCAUGAAAUCAAGUGGCCUCCGCUGGAGGACUUUUUUUUCGACCCCGACGUUGAUGCCCGGGCGGCGCGCCUCGGCGAGUCUGAGUCAACGAUAACCAAGCCGGCUCCCGGAAUCACGUGGCAUUCAGGCGAACCUGUAUGGGUGAGUGAACUUUUUGAUGCGCCGCCAAUCCUAAUCUAUGACAAUGAUUCACUCUGACGUGUCACAGGAGCCGCAAGGACGACUCGUCAAAACCGCUCUCCGCCAGGAGAGCGACCUGUACGAUCCCGCCGAGCUUCCCGAUUUCGUCGUGCUCUCGCGCCAAUCCUUCGGCGCCAAUCCCGAGCUCGCUGCCGCUUGGGCCCACGACCACAUUGACGAUGGGGCAGAUGUUCUUCGAGACUGGGAACAGGUCGCAGCGGUUGGCGUACUGGGUGGCAUGAAGAAAAGCGACGACACCUCCGAAUACGAAUGUGUAUUCCCAGCCACGCGAUUGAAACACCACCUGCGCAUGCUCGCUGCCGAGUCACCGAUCCGCUCCCACACGUUCGGCUUCACGCUCGACGGCUCGAUCUUGACCCUCUACCUUCACACCCCAUCUGGUCUGUUCUACUCGUCCGACAUCGAAUGCAACGAAGCGAAUGGGCACCUGUCGACGUUCAUCGGGCGCCUUCUCAGCUUGAAUGAUGUUGAUCUCGGCAAGAUCGCCUCGCCUGGAGGACCCAACGGCCCGCCGCUGCCAUUCCCGACCGCUGUGCUUCCACCGCGGGUUCCAUCUUUCGCUCGUCACCUCGCCAAAGUACCCACGAUGGGCUCAAUCGAGAUUGAGAAGACGGUCUUUUGCAGUGGAGAGGUCCUCGGCUUGCAGAAAUCCGCUUCACGAGUCCGAGCGAUCCGGGACGAACCAGGUGACAAUCGCGAAUACGCAAUGACGGUGUCGUUCGUGGAAGAAGCGCGCUGCAACGAACACGAUCAGAUCCGGCAGAUGAUUGCCUCGGCAUCACCCCACGAGCGCGAAGGGCUCACAAACUUUGUGGACGUGCAUCGACAUGACUUCACCCUUGUGCCCCACUUCCUCAAAGGCGAUCUGGACGCCGAGGAAUGCGCCAAAAAAUGCGGGCUCAAGCCGAGGGCGAUGGAGGUCACUUUUCAGGAGCGCUGCUUCGAGCCGAUCUGGGCCGUCGACUCGAUUGAAGCGCUGACACGAGCAGUGCUGGGAGCGGUCAAAGGUGCGGUGCGAUUUCGCGCUGGUCAAGGUCAUCCCAAGCAUGGCAAAACUGAAUAUUUAACUCCCUCGGUGCAGGUCUGCGCAGUCUUUACCAAAUGCGCAUCCUGCAUCGCGAUGUCUCACCCGGCAAUAUCAUGAUCGGACCCGACGGUGAGGGUGUAUUGAUCGACUACGAUCUCGCCGUUCUCAUGGACGGCCCUUUUGGAGAAGCUGCGCGUAUGGAACGAGUUGUGAGGCUUCUUCUCGACUCCGCAAUGCUUCGGUGCAAGUCCGUUGAACCAGAGCUUUCUUUUCACUCCUCCACAGGGCACAUUCGCGUUUCGUGCCAGGUAUCUCCUCAAAGCGAGUAGUCGUACACCCCUUCAGCCUUGGCACCAGAUCGAGUCGCUCGUCUAUGUCAUUCUCUUCGUCAUUUUCAAUCGGCCCGAGGGGAGCGGCGACUUGAGUGGAAUGGCCGAAGAUGCCGAGGACGUUUGGAAGCUCUGGAAUAUGGAUGUGUGGGCCUAUCUUUCCAAAGAGGGGCUUAUCCGACCCCCGGUGCGUCGACAGGGACUUCUGAAACCUUAUUUGGAACACUGGGAGGAUCUACCCGAACUUGUCGCGCUAGUCGCGAACCACUGUGGCCUCGGUUCAUACGGUUUCACACACGGCGAGGCGGGCGAGACAUCAUACCUUGAGGCGCGCUGGGGCUCAGGUGAGCUUUCUCAUGACCAGCUUGUUGCGGAUUUGGAGAAAUUUUGGGAGAAGGUUGUACAGAAGAAACAGGAAAAGUCUCUGGAUCCGUUUGUCAAUGUGUAG